AUGUCUUCUCGUCGCGAGCCAAUGUGGUAUUGUCAUGAAUGCAACGCGGAAAUGCGUCCUCUAAUGGUUCCUGACCCAGUCUGUGCCUCUUGUCAUGGGUCGUUUGUUGAGAAAAUGGAGAAUCCCACUGACGACCCUCGCGAAUUCUCCCGGAUUGGUCCUGCUAUGACUGGCGACGAGAUGCCUAUUGGACUUGAAGCGUUUUUGUACGCGCUACAAGGUGCAACCAACCCUGCUCCGUCAAGUCCACGCACUCGAUCUACCAGAACAUUCGAAUUCCGCAACGGCAAUACGGGCAGGACAAUAAGAGUUGCUUCAGACGGCACUGGAGAAGAUCCAGAUCAACCUACAAUGGCAGAUUUCUUGCAACGUCGACCUUCGGAAGGAAUGGGCGGUGGUAUCAAUGGGUCACUCAUGGCGCGCUACCUGAUGGCCUUACUCGGCGGGCGCGAUCCGUUGGCGGAUAUGUUCGCACAAGGUGGAGACGCACAAUCAGGAAGGAUGGGGGACUAUGUCUUCAAUCAAGCUGCACUCGAUGAAAUCAUCACUCAGCUCAUGGAAAGCUCGAAUAAUGCAACCCGACCUGUUCCAGCGACUGAAGACAUUAUCGAGAAGCUUCCGCGCCAAGUUCUCGAGCUAGGGUCACCAAUGUUGGAGAAAGAUUGUGCUAUCUGUCAAGAACAAUUCAAGCUUGAAACGGAAGAUCCCGACGAGCAAAUUGUCGUGACUCUUCCUUGCACCGCUCACCACUCCUUCCACGAGCCAUGUAUUCUCCCCUGGUUAAAAUCUAGUGGAACAUGUCCCGUGUGUCGACAUGCACUCAUUCCCCAACCUGAACAUCACGGACCUCCUCCGCCCCCCAACAACGGGGGAAGCCCCAGUCGUCGUAGUCCUACCACCCCCACCAACCCUGGCGGAAUGUUGUUUCAGUCGCUUUUCGGCAAUGUCACAGGUGGCAGUUCCUCAGCCUCGGGCAGUCGCGGUGGCCAAAGCGGGAGUCGCAACCCUCGUCGGCGAGCGAGCUCGGACAGAGGACCAAAUAAUAUUCCCGGCGGAUGGGAAGAUGACCUUGAUUGA